AGACACACCCUUUGCGAAUAACCUGGAGAAAGUUAAGUACCAAUAGACAGAGAAACAAAAAUGCUAUCAUUUGGUUGCCAUUACAUAACCCGAAACCAAAAACAAAGAAAGAAGCUCAACUGAUUUGAUAUAGAAAAUCAGAAACAAACAUUUUGAACAACAAAUAAACAAAAAUGUGGCGGGUGUACAUAACUUUUUCCUGCGUUUCUUUUUGUCUCUUUUGUUCCCUGUUUGGAAGGAAAGAAAGUGGGGGAGGAAAGUAAAGAUGGUGGUGUACUUGAAAAAACUUAUGCUUGAAGAUGUGGCGAUAAUAGGAGGAUUGGUAGGGGUGCAAUUUGUUUAUGCAGGCAACUCUGUUUUACUUGCUUAUCUUAUGUCCCUUGGCCUUAGCCCUUUCACCAUUGUUAUUUACUUCACCCUCGCCACCUUCAUCAUCCUCUCCCCUUUUGCCUUUUAUUUCGAAAGGAGCCGAUGGCCGAACCAAUUAACCAUGAAGUUCAUAAUUCAGCUUGUUUUAAUCUCCUUUGGAGGAAUAACUUUGUUUCAAUACCUAUUCCUCAAAGGGAUUGAUCUAACUUCACCAGCAGUGGCAACAUCCAUGCCAAACCUUGCUCCUGGUCUAAUCUUUAUAAUUGCUUGGGCUUUCAGGUUAGAAAAAGUUUCUAUAAAUUGCAUAUACAGUAAAGUUAAGAUUGCAGGCACAUUCUUGUGUGUCAUAGGUGCCAUUAUAAUGAGUGUAAUCCAGAGCACCGUCUCGUCGGGAGAUGCGGUGAUGGAUACCGUAGUCAUUUAUAACGACAUCUUCAACAAAAAUAAGAUCAUCGGUUGCAUGUACCUCAUGGCAGCAGUCCUGGUUCUAUCAAGCAAUGUAGUAUUGCAGGCGACGACCUUGGGAAAUUUUCCUGCUCCGAUGUCCUUGUGUGCGAUAACGUCCUUGAUUGGAGUGAUUAUAACUUCACUGGUGCAGUUGUUUGAAAAUCAUGAUUUUGAAUGGGGUUGGCCUCUUGUUAGUGCUUGGAACCUACUUGGCUUUUCUCUACUGGGAGGAGCUGUGAGCGGAAUUUGUGUAAGCUUCAACGGAUGGGCAAUGAAGAAGAGGGGACCAGUGCUGGUCUCAAUGUUUUGCCCCAAUGGAACAGUCAUUGCAGUAGUUUUGUCUUUUGUUACAUUAGGACAAACCAUUUCAUUAGGAAGCGUCGCCGGAAUGUUCCUCAUGUUUACCGGCCUCUACUUCGUCUUAUGGGCUAAAGGGAAAGAAGUUUACUUGGCAAGGGAAGGCGAGUUCGACCCAGAGAAGCCGCUAUUGAGCUAUCAACUUCCUGUACGAAGAUCAACAAAAAAGCUCCAUAACAUGCAUGAUCGACGCAGGCCAUAUGAAGUGUGA